AGCUCCACUCGUGAAACUCCACCCCAGCUGUUUACUCCACUCCAGAAGGAAAGAGAAAAUAAAACUCAUUGCUGUUCUUGUACUUGAUCUUGAGUGCAUCGAGAUGGCUGCCAUUUACAACCUACUCAAAGGACACAGACUGGAAGGUCACUACAGAAAGUUUCUAGAUCUAGGAGUGAAAGAUGAAAGAGAUUUCCUUGACAGUGUAACAGAAGAAAAUUUAACUGAACUAGGAUUAACUCAAGUGGAAAAGAAUCGUUUUCUUGAAAUGAAAAAAAAAAUCAAAAGAUUUAGAGCUCCAGAACAAUCAGCUGCAGGGUCAGUGCAAAAGUCCAUGGAGACCUUCAGUAUACUGUACACAUACCCCAAAUGUCCAACUCAAAGGAAAUCUAUCACAGAUAUGGAUCCAGCACAAAACACAAUUGAAGAUCUAAUGUUGAGGAUUUGUCACCUUGAACGUGUUGAUCGCUCCAUAGGUGUCUGUCUCUACACAGUGGAUGGAAUGCCUUUGACAGAUGAUCCUUUCUUUAACACAUGGUCUUUACAAGACAGACACAUUAAAAGUGGAGAUGUAAUCUAUGCUAUUUUUACACCAAACAAGAAUUUAAUAGGUACAAAUACUGUGCCAAGGGACAUUGAAACCCAGGAAACAGAUACCAUUCGAUGUCAUAUCAUGCUCAAGGUGAGUUUAUUGUAUACAUAUUCUCUUUAAUUGCCUAGCUGAGUUAAGUUAAAGGUUUGUAUUUCAAAUAGUUUAGCAAGAUGAGUGAUACUGAAAAAUAGAGGAUAACUCACAAUUUGUCCUAUUGCUUCAUGUAGCAAUGCUGAUUUAUGUAAAGCCAACAUUUUUACAAAUUGAAAUUAUUGUGUUAGAUAAAUUAUAUACUGCUCAAAAAAGGGAACACUUUUUAAUCAGAGGGGUUGUUAAUCACUUUUAGCUGCUUUGGUGUUAAUUAACAUUAGGGACAACAAUUAGAUAACACCAAAACAGUAACGGUUUUACAUGUGGAUGCCACUGAUACCUUUUUCCUCUUUUCAUCUUUUCUGAAUGUUUAUGACAUGAUCUUUAUAUCAAAAUUCCUGCGUGAAAAAAGAAAAUAUAAUUGGAGUAAAUAUUUUUAUUUCAGCGCUGCAAUUAAAUUCUUCCCUUGAAUCCAACAACUCCCCGCACGUAGACUCAGCAGGCACUCGCACAAAGAAGCCAAUUUGCCCGCAAGCUUCUGCUUGCGAAGGUCACUUUUGCUCCCAAAACAGUUUUGCUUGCGCGAAUCACAUUUGACUUUUGACAGUAUGGAGGCGGAACCCAGUGGAGGCCAGGGUUUCUGUUGGUCACUUUGAUGGGCACUUGAGGUUACUAAACUAAACAACGAUGUGGCAGAGACAGAAAAUGCUCUUUUGAAUCAUAUUUGUUUACAACGUGAAAAAUAAAGUUUACCGAAUUAUUAAUUAAACAGAUAUUGUUUGCUGCAAAGCAGUGGAAAUACAGAAAACUGUCACUGGAUUACUUUAGUGUUGAAGAAAGUGUGCAUCAAAAUCUGGUAAUUAUAACUUUGGCUAAAAUACAUGACUGGAUGGUGUUUCAAAACAUGCUGGAGAAUUCUACAGUUUCUAAAAGGUUUUUCAGUAAGUGAAGCAAGGACGGAUUUAGAAGGGUGGCAUGGGGUGGCAAGUGCCACCCUAAAACGAUCCCUUGCCACCAAAACUGCCACCCCAGUUUUGCAUAUGACAGUCGUAUAAAUGAUGACACUGGACGCAGCGUGUUCGGGUGAUGUUUUCCAACUUUACUCGUAACCCAGAAGCUCCCCCCACACACAGCCUUAUGGGAACAGUAGUCUACCGCUACACCUCCUCCUUUUAGCUAAGGACAUACUUCAUAACAACUCAAACAGCUCACUAGAACAGAAAUGGGGAGCUUCAUGAAACGUGAAAAUUAUACACAUCCCUCAUUUGUUCAUUUACAUUUAAACGAAACACAUUAUUGUAAACAU